GCCUUGAGCAUUCGACGUCGUCGUCGUCAUUCAUUGUUGAAGUGAAACUGCGAGUGAAAGAAGCAUUUUCAACUCGUGCUCGCGCAAUUUAAUUAUAAUCCUCUCGGAAAGUGUUUAUUUCGGGUUGAAUUUCGGUGGCCCCGUCAGGUGUAGCAAGUGAUCGAAACCGUUCGCGAUCCUGUCCGUGAAAGCGUGUGUGAUUCGCGUGCAACCACCGCCAGGAAAGAUUCCGAUUUGUGUGCGAAAAGUGAAAAGUGUUGGCAUUUUGAUUCUUCGGAGGAGAGCGCGCUGCGAAAAAAAGUAGUUUCCUCAUCCCUUCCGUUCCGUCGUCCGUCGUGCAAGGGGGAAAAGAAAGAAGUUCGCACACGACCACCACCAGCGCAACAGCAGCAGCAGCAUCAAAAGUAGCCACGACGCAAGAAGAAGAACGUAAAAUCUCCGGAAGUACCCAAACCUGGGAGUAAAAGCCAAGCGCCUAAACAGAGGUAGAUUUUUCGGAAUCUGGCUGGAUCCAAUUUCGAUUAUCGCCCUACCUAGGCUCAAGCAGGAACACAAACGAAAACGCGCACCCCCCCUAAACGAAGAAGAGUGAAUAGAGAGGGAGAAGCAGCAGAGCAAAAUAAAGGCACCAGAACCGAUCGAGUAGUUGGCGCGGACGGAUACUAUACUCCUUCCGAUGGUCUUCAGCAGCAACAGCAGCAAGCAUCAGAGUGCUCGUCGCAAUUGACAAGAAGUGUGAGGAUUACAUAAAGGCUGGCUGGUUGGCGGGUAGGCAACAUCGCAGCUCUCGCCGUCGUCGUGCUUACCUAUAUUCGUUCACGGUGUAUUGCCCGCGGAGGGCAGAACGUUCAUUUUAGUUUGGGAGUUAUUCUGUGAAGAACUAAAGUUUUCCCGUUUGUUAUUCGUGUGAACUAUCAUCAGUGAUUAAAGUGCUGCAAGAUAAUAAAUACCGACAAAAAAGUGCAGAAAUCUCGAUUCUCCGUUCCGUUCCGUUCAGUUCGUUCGUUGUUCUCGAGUGUUAGUAGUUGUCGUCGGGCGGCAAAAUAGUGCACUUCAAAAUUCCGGUCCCGACGCGAAACCAUAGGGAAGGCUCCUCCUUGGGCCACUCCUCCUCUCACUCAACGUCGUCGUCGUCGUCGUCGCCGUUGUCCGGUGGUUCGUCUGCGUCCGUCACGGAAGAUCAUCACGACAUGAACAAGCGAAGCAAGGUCCGCCCCGGUCCGACAAGGACACAGCGACAGCGCUCGGUAGUGGCGGAUGGCAUCUACAACAAUGCACUGUUUAUGCAUGCGGCUACAUCACACGUCGGCAAUAUUGUCCAGGUCCAGACAGCAUCCGGUGUCAUAUACGAGGGAGUGUUUCGGACAUUCUCGCCACAGUUCCAGGUUGUACUGGAAAUGGCACAUCGCAUUGAGGUCGGCCCGGACAACGAAAGCAAAAACAUUGUAGACACAGUUGUGGAUCGGCUGAUCUUCAAGCAAUGCGACAUCGUCAGUAUUGCUGCCAAAGACGUCGAUCUGAACUUCGCCAAAGACACAUUUAAGACAGAUACCGCCAUCUCCCGCUGCAACGGCAACGGUCGCCCGGAGGAUCGGGAACUCGAACCGUGGGACGAAAGCGGUGCGCUGAACGGUGAUUGUGAGUUCAACCUAGAAUUGGACACCAACGCCAACGGAUGGGAUGUGAAUGAUAUGUUCCACAAGAAUGAGACGAUCUACGGUGUACAGUCAACGUUUGAUCACUCCCUAACCGGCUAUACGGUUCAAAUCACGAAGAAAGAUUCCGAUGAUUUCAAAGCCCAGGAAUACGAAGCGGAACGUAUCGCCAACGAGAUAGAAAACAAUCCAAUUUACAAGGAUCGAAUUGACCUGGAAAACGGCGACGAGGAGUCGGCCUUUGCGGCUGUCGUUCGGCCGACCAAUUCCAGUCCCCAGCCGUCCUCGACGGCGGCCACAAGUGGUUCAGCACAAAGUUCUAAUAGUAUGAACGAUAAGAGUAGCCCUAGCAAUAACAAUACAGUAAUGCCAUCGAAUGCAAAGUAUAUAGUUCCGGCGAAGCGCAAGCCCGGCCAGGUUGGCAAGUUGACUGUCCGCAGCACCCCGCCUCCGUUGACGAAUAACGGAGGACCGCCAUCGCAGCAGCAGCAACAGCAACAACAACCUCCACCGCCACAACAACAACAACAGCAGCAACCACAAAGUCCACAGGCGCCACACAAAAACAGCUAUCCGAACAUGUCAAUGCCUUCACAGCAGCAGCAGCAACAGCAGCAACAACAACAGGCACAAUCUCAGCAGCAACAAGCGCCGCCACCUAGCAAUCAACACGGUGUCGGCGGAAUGCAGCAACAGCCCCCGCAUGCAUCACAGUACGUGUAUGGUGGUCACGUACAGCAUCAACCACAUCAACAGCAGCAGCAGCCACCGCCACAGCAUGGCCAGUCUUCAGUUGUAAAUAGUAACAAUAAUAUGAACAAGAUGAACGGAGACGGUGGAAGGGACAUGUCAAAUAGCAGUAGCAUGAAUGUAAAUAGUAACACAAAGCCUUUGCCUCAGCGCACCAUGCGGCAAUAUCCGAACGCGGCCACGGUCAAUUAUAAUGAACCGCCGCCAUCGUUAGGACCCCAGCAAAUGUCUGGCCCCUCGAUGCAAACGAUGGGCAAGCCACCAAUGCAUGUGACCCAUCAACAUCAUGCAACUCACAUGCCUCCGCCACCAGUCGAUACUCAGCAGAUCCAGCAGCAACAGGUGGUGAUGCAACCCCAUCCGGUGGUACUCUCCGCACCCAUUAUCAGUGUUCCUGGGCCUGGGCCUGCUCCUCCACAGCAACAGCAAAUGCAGCAACCUCCGCCGCAGCCGCAGCGCCAGGUUGUGGACAAUUUGCGGAAGUUUAGCCAGGACUUCAAGUUAGCACCUCCUCAGCAGCAACCCCCCAUGCAAAACGUUCAUCAACAACCACCUCCCCAGCACAAUGUCCAGCAAAUGCAGCAACAGCAGCAGGACCAACCGCCAAUGGAAUCUUCACCGCCAAUCUCACAGAAGCACUCUGAACCUUCGCCACAUCAACAGCAAAACCAAUCUUCCCAAACUCCUUCGGGAAUUUCGAUACAUCAACCACAACACAUGGUUCCAACGCAGCAACCCCAACAGCAGCCUCCAUCCCAGCCACCUCAACAGCAACUCCCCCAGCCACAAUCCAUGCAGCAACAGUCUGCAACGAGUUCGCCGCCACAAACGGCUUCGGUGCUUCACAACACCAGCAGUACCGGCAGUGCCGGAUCCAUUAGUCAGAUGAACACAUCAUCGAGCAGUAACAGCAGUGCUGCCAACAACAGUUCCCCCAGUUCGCUUAGCAGCCAGAGUCAGAACAGCUCCAGCCUGGACGUCGGUCCCGGCGGAAGCACCUCCAAUGUGGACGGUGUGCCGAAACCAGCAGCACCGCCCAAGAAAACGUUCACGCUGAACCCGGCGGCCAAGCCGUUUACACCUCGCAGCCCCAGUACCCCGAAUCCGUCGCGUCACACGUCUUCUAGCCCACACACCCCGCAGACGCCUGGACCGGUAAUGCAGCAACAGCAGCAGUCACAGCCGCAGCAACAGCAACAACCCCAGGGCAACUAUCCGGGCCAGCAGCACAUGCCCACCCAUCAGCAGAUCUACGUACCGACGUACGUGAUGCCCCCGCAGACCGCAUUCCAGACGGCCCAGCAGCACCCGCAUCCAGGACAGGCGCGCAUCCGGAAAGGUGUACCGGUUGCAGCUUCCCAGAUUCAGGUCGCAGCAGCCACCGGGCAGCCGCUGAUGACGGGCCCCAUCCAAAUGUUCCCGCCGUAUCCGCCGGCGAUUCAUCAUCAGCACUUCCAGACAGCCCCGACGUUCCCGCCUCGGUACGUGUACCACGAGACGGCGCAACCCGCCCAGCUGCAAUAUCUGACGCCUACCCCGCCGUCGACCACACCCUCGCCCGGUCAGCCCCACCAGCAGUACCACCACGGAACGCAACCCUCGCCAGCGGCCGCCGGACCACCCACGUACGUUCCGGCCCACCAGCACCAGCCCCCACAGUAUCCGGUGGUGUGUCCAAUGGUGGCCGCACCCCCGCAAAUCAUUCCCACAAUCUACCAGAACAUGACCCAGGCGGCCCCUCCCCAGAACCACCACCAGCAAAACCUGCACGUGAUGCACGUAGCGCAACAUCCAUCCGCUCAGUAGCAUAAGUUCAACGCCAGCAGCAGCAAUAACAUCAGCAGCAGCAGCCACAGCAGUAGCAACAGCAGUAACAGCCACCACCACCACCAUCAUCAUCACCCACACCACCACAGCCACCAUCAGCAUCCGGGUGGCGCCAUGGGCAGCGCCGGCGGCUUACCGUACGGUGGACCGGGAAAGCCAAUGAUCAAGAACUGAUGGGAAACCACCACGACGGCGUAGGUUUGUGUUUUUUGCGAGGAGGGGAGAAUUCAUUGUUGAAAAUCUGUUUGUAUCAUUGCGCGCGUAUUAGAGGAACCAGUGGUGUUCAUGUAGUAGCUAGGGCUACUACUAUUGUGAAUAUUGUGCAGAAGAAGAAUCAGCGGA